AAUCAGCUGUGGUUUAGUCAUAGCCGAAACUUUGCCGUGUUCACGUACUAAAUAUUCGCAGCGCGUUUCUCGUUCCUCGAUUGUCGCAAAAACCAGACCCAAUAUAAUCAUAAAUACUAAAUGCCAAAAAAGGGGCAAGUGAAGUGUCCGCAAAAUGUUUAGCUAUUUGCCGGUAGUGUGGCUUCUUUGGACUCUUACGACGGUGCCAGUGCACCGGGUGAUGGGUCAGAUAAUACCGCUGCCCACUUUUUGCGAGGGUCAUAGCCCGGAGUGCACUUGUGCCGCAGAGGCGAAUGUGGUGCGUUUCCAUUGCCCCGAUGAGUAUGCCAUGCUGCUGGAGGUCGGCGAACCGGGGGCAUCGCUAUACAUGAGCUACUACGCCUCAGGCGAGUUGCAAUGGCUGCCGCGUUUCAAUAUCAGUGAGGUUGUUAAAAUCGAGUUCGAUGCCUAUAGCUUCUGGCCGGAGGCGUUCCUGGCCGAUCUGUUUAAAACACUGGGAGUGAAGAAUGUUACAUCAGUGAUAUUUAGAGAUCGCACAGCAGAGACUGUGGUCACGCGAGAUGUCCUCAAUUCAAGCGAUGGUUAUCAGGAGUCAUCUGUGGCCGGAAAUAUAACCAGCUGGCAUUUUGGAGCCGUUCCUGGCCUGAAAAAGUUUAAAUUCUACAGCGCUGUGGAGGAAAUACAGGAGUCCAUUUUCCACGAAUUCGAUAGUCUCAAGGAACUGCGGCUCAAUGUGGCAGUGAAACAGCUGCCGGGCAAUCUACUGUCCACGGUCAAGGGAACUUUGGAAGCCUUGACCAUCGAAAGUCCCGCCAUGAUCGCUUUCAAAGACCCGCUGCUUCGAGAACUGCAGCAGUUGCGGAACCUGAGUAUUUUACUAAUUCAUCCACAACGUGGACGGGACCAACUGCAGCCGCAUUUCUUUGGAUCCAUGAAGAACCUGGUGGAGGUGCGUUUGACCCAGGCCACAGGUCGUGUGAACCGGAAAAUGUUUAAGGGCACCGAGCAGUUGCAGCUCAUCAAGAUGAAUGGCAACGACGAUCUGACGGAGCUGCCCGGUGAAAUAUUCCUGGAUCAGGUCAAUUUAGUCACCCUGGAUCUAUCCUGCAAUGCGAUCAACAAACUGCACAGUGACGUCUUCAAAGGCCUGCGCAAUCUAACCCAUCUGGAUCUAACCAAAAAUAGACUGACUGACUUAUCAAGCACCAUUUUCGCGCCACUGACAUCGCUGACCGUGCUGCGUCUGAACAAGAACUCCCUGACCGCCAUGUCGCCCAGUGUGUUCCGCGAGGUGGUCAGUCUGAACUACAUCGAGAUGGUGAACACGCAGUUCUACGGGGCCACACUGCUGAUGGGCUACGAGGCGGUGGUGUGCACCAAUGAGGAGACCUGCCAGUACAAGUCGGCGGAUUGGCAGUGCGAUCCUCGUUGCAUUUGCUGGGUGCAGCAGCAUAUACGAGACCUGAUUGUGGACUGUCGUGGCUCGAAUUUGGGGCAACUGCCGGAUUUGCCGCACACCACACUGGUGAGCACGGUGCUCAAGGUGGGAAACAAUAGCCUCACGCGACUGCCCACCAUCGACGAGCAUCGUGGUUAUGCCAAUGUGAGUCGUCUCUUCCUGGCGGACAAUAAUCUCACCAGUUUGGGAUCUGGUGACCAGUUGCCGGCCAAUUUGACCCACCUGGAUGUACGCAGCAAUCAGAUACAGUCGAUCAGCGAGGAGUUCUUGGAGUUCAUGCAGCUGGCGAACAACACCAUGACGCUUUCGUUGUCGGGCAAUCCCAUAUCCUGCGACUGUGCCGCACUGCCACUCCUCUUUUUCGUGCGCACAAACCCGCAGAGAGUGCAGGACAUAGGGAGUGUGAUGUGUGCCAGGCAGAAGAAGGCCCUGCAGCAGAUGGAGGCCUUCGAGCUGUGCCCCUCGUAUGUCCUGCUCAUCAGCUGCGUGGUUGGUGGCCUCGUGAUCGUUGGCUGCCUGAUCACCGUCUUCUACCUGAUGUUCCGGCAGGAGCUGAAGAUCUGGCUGUACAACAACAACCUCUGCCUGUGGUGGGUGUCCGAGGAGGAGCUGGACAAGGACAAGACCUACGACGCCUUCAUCUCGUACUCGCACAAGGACGAGGAGUUGAUCGGCAAGCUGCUGCCCAAGCUGGAGAGCGGUCCGCAUCCGUUCCGGAUAUGUCUGCACGAUCGCGACUGGCUGGUGGGCGAUUGCAUUCCCGAGCAGAUUGUGCGCACCGUCGACGACUCGAAACGGGUGAUCAUUGUGCUGUCGCAGCACUUCAUCGACUCGGUGUGGGCACGCAUGGAGUUCCGGAUCGCCUACCAGGCCACUUUGCAGGACAGGCGCAAGAGGAUCAUCAUCAUUCUGUACCGCGAACUGGAGCACAUGAACGGCAUCGAUAGCGAAUUGCGGGCAUACCUCAAGCUAAACACCUACCUCAAGUGGGGCGAUCCGCUCUUCUGGAGCAAAUUGUGCUACGCCAUGCCACACAAUCGAAGGGUUCUGAAGGGCCAAAAGAAGCAUGCUGGUCCCCUCAUCUAAGUUUAAAACUCUAGGUUACCGCAAAUAUACUCAAUCGCAUACAAUUCUCCUGAAAAGGUCUUAAAAAGCUUGGAAGUUAAAGGAGUUAAUCAAAAACUUUACUAAGAGUUCAAUAAAUAUUUUUUUAAAAAAAAUAUAAAGUAUUUAUACAGAGAUAAGCUUCAUGAUAUUUACAACAAUCAUAGUUAAGUUUUAACAUAAAAGUAUAAUAAUAAACUAAGCCUAAAUUUAAGUUUAAAUUCGGACGCUUUGAGCUUUUAUUUCGAAUUAUUGUGUGAUGUUAUUUUCAGAAAAUAAUUGUACAAGUAAUAUUUACAACAAAAACAAUUAAUUUAUUAAUGAAAGAAAAUAAAUAUUAAGCUUAAUGACAACAGUGUUUAAUAUCAUUAACUAAUCCAUUUGCCAAAUUAAGUUUUAAAUGCAAUGUGUUGCAUAUGCGUAUCGUUUAUUUAUGUUGUUUUUUUGACCGAAUUCAAUUCAAAACUUUUAUUUAAUUAGCUAUUAAUUGUUAAGGUAAUUAACACUGACGUUAGCAUCAAUAUUUGCAACACUAUAUCGAAGAUAAAAGCACAUAUUUGCCUCAAGCGCAUUAAUUACCUUAAUUGAAUUGAUAGCAACUGAUUAAUGCAGCCUCGAAUGGCUUUUUAGUUCAAUAUAGUAUAUUCAAUUAAAUUUUUGAGCUAUGGUAUGGAUAAAAUAUUAAUGAUGGGUAUGAACAUAAUAAAUCAGAUUAAGUUAUAUUAAAUUAUAUACAAGUUACAGUUUCCUGAGUUAUCAACAAACAAUUUAUAAGAUUACAAAAAGAAAUGUGAAUGAAAGCGAAAUUAAUCACUUUUAAAAAGGCUUUUCAUUCCGUUUAAAUUUUUAAUUUACCAAAGGGACUUACGAAGUGGACAUUGUUUGGGCCCAGGCCCAAAUAUCCCAGCUGGCUUAGGCUUUUGACGAGAUGGUUCUAGGGUGUCCUGCUGCCUUUUGUUUCCCUCAAUGUAUUGUGCCUGGAUUGUGUCAUUUUUCGCAUGAGUUUUUAAUUAAAUUUAAACUUCAAAACAUU